CACAGUGCUGAAAAAUGAGUACAGGAGCUGCAUCACCAUCAUCUACACUGUCCUCACGCAGUUCUUGUCCUGGCGGAACAACAGGCGGAGCUUCUACUGCAAGACGCAAACGUCGGAAGCGAGCGGCGAUGUUGGGGGUCGUGGAUGAAACCUCCUGUCGCAUGGUCGUCUCUCGUACUAGUCCUACCUCGUCUUGUUCAGCUGAGAGGAGAGCAACUACAGCUACAAGUGCUGCGGCUUCUGCAAGAACCGCGCCUGCGAGAGCUACUUCUUGUGCCAAUUGCACAAAGAUGACUGCAUCUUCUUCAAGAUGCAGCGGGGGCCUACACGACCGAGAAAUGCUAUCGCGGGACGAGCAGGUGGACAACUUCCACAGGAACGACUGUCAGACGAACGGACGAAGGAAAAAACCAAGAAGAGGAGCAAUAGGUCGUGGUGGAUCAACAUUUUUCCUAUGUGCAAGCAGGGGACUACUCCAGCAUCUUAUCAAAUGUAAAAGUGUCUGGGUCUGGAAGAAUGCCAGACUUGUCAUGCAGGUUUUCCAUGACCCAUGAGUUCUGGUAUGGAGGACAUAGCAUGACAGAUUCCGUGAGAGUUCUAUCAUGCCUAUCCUGCAUGAGAAACUGCCUCUCGAUUAGGUCAAAACUGGACAGCUUUUGGCACUCAUGCAACACAGAUUUUUACAUGAUUCAGAUUUAGCAUGACAAGUUCCAACCUUCCAGACCCAGACAUUUUUACAUUUCAUACAUCUCCUGCCAGUACUAUCCCUGCUUGUCGCAACAACCGCGUCCGCUACGAACGUCGGGCGGCAGUUCUACGACCCCGAUUGCGUACGAGAAGACCCCUUUUGGACCAAAUACCUCAACCUCGUUUCCGACGCGGUGGCGAAAAACGAACCCCCCGACUACCACGUUUCCCGCUACGCCUUGCAAUAUCAACUGUAAAAAUGUCUGGGUCUGGAAGAUUGCAACUUGUCAUGCUGUUUUUGGACUCUAAAAAAAUUUGUAUUGCAUGACCAGCAAGAGGGGGAUAGUUUUAGUUUUUGCUACACGGACAGGGCAUUUCUCAUGCGGAAGGUGCAUCAGGAAGCCCUCUAAAAGUCUGCGAUGCUAGGUCAAGCAUUACUGGCGUCAUGGGUCAUGAGAAAUAUGCAUGACAAGUCUGCAUUCUUCCAGACCCAGACAUUUUUGCAUGUGAUAUGCAAAUCCCCGGGUGCCCGCUGGGAAAACUCGUCGCCUGCGUGUAUCCUGUGCAAAAGUAUCGUACUCGUAUUGCACUCAUGCAUUACAAAUCCUGUUCUUAAGGCAAUUUCGCAUUACAAAUUUUAUUUCUCAUGCUGAGGAGAUUUGUAAUGCAUUUAUACGAGUGCGAUACUUUUGCACAGCAUAGCGUGGGCGCGGAGUCGAUGGACAGUGUCCGGGAUUGCUUUUACCACAUCCCGACCGAUUUCUACCUUCUCAUGUCCUCCCAAUGGCCGGUGUUGAAGCUUCUCGACAUUGAGCAACAGAAAAUCUGGGACAGCGUGGACUCCGCGACCGGGAAGCCAACUUUUUUAGAAGACGACAACGCCGACGACUGCAUCUUAUAUGCAAAGCAAAAGCAUCGUACUAGUAUAAAUUGCAUCACAAAUUAGCCCAGCAUUACAAACUAAAUUCGCCAUGCAGAUUUACCCUAAGAGUAAGAAAAAGAUUUGUAAUGCAUAAAUGUAAUUAGUACGAGUGCGAUACUUUUGCAGUUCAUAUCUUAUCUCCCGACCCGAAUGUGAUCGAAUGGAACGAGUUCCGGGGGGCUUUGGCGACGGGGGUGACCGUAUCAAAUGCAUAUAUGUCUGGGUGGUCUGGGUGAUUGCGAGAUUUGGCAUGCUAGUCUGGCAUGACUCUAAGCUCUGUAUUGCGUGGCCGCGAAGAGCUCCUCCUCUCUGUCAUGCAAAAAUGCAGCUUCUCAUGCGGGAUGCGCAACUCAGACCCACGAAAAAACAUGGCACGCUUGGCAGCGCAUUACAGUGAGAUCAUUAUUCCCUUCCUUGCAUCACAAGUUUCCAGACCCAGACAUGUUUGCAAUGGAAAGACCGAAGCGAACGAGUGGCUGUUGGAAAAGAAAACGAAAACCGACCGAACCAGCCUCGGGUUAUCCUAUGCAAAAACCUCGCCACCCCAUAGUCAAGAUGGGGACUCGGCUAGGCAAAUCCACAGGCUUUGGCUGUUUUGCAUGACAAAUUUGGACCCGUAGUGCAAUGCUGUUUGAGCUAGCUCAGCAGCAUCACAGAUCUAGUAUAUCAUGCUGAUUGGAGCAUGACAAAUUCCAAAACACCACUGGAAAAUGCUUCUCAUGGGGCUCCGCAUGAGAAACAUUUUCAGCAUGCAGAUUUGCAUGACAACCCUGGGGAGGAGACGUCUUUACACAGGAUACGGGUGGGCGAUAAGCCACGCGGACGGGGUGAUCUUCAAGUCGCAGAGCAGUGUAGAGCACAGUGCGUAUGCACUGCAAAAAUGUCUGGGUCGGGAAACUUGUGAUGCUGAAUGGCCAUGAGUGACUGCGUCUGUAAGAGUAGUGUAGCAUUCUCAUCCUUAGUACGCAUUACAGACUGUAUUUUUUGAUCACCAAACUGUGGCGCUUUUGUUGCUUUCAUGCAAUACAGAUUUUUCUGGACUCCUCGACACGCAAUACAAGUUUGCACUCUUCCAGAGCCAGACAUAUUUCUAUUUGCAGUUGAUAGUGCGACUUCCUCCACCAUUUCCGACGUCAUCAACCAGUGUCCAUUCGGCGUUAUCGCCGCCAACGCGCUCCGCAUGUUCGCGAUACUACUUUCCGACGGCGAUGUUUACCGCAUGUUGGAGCGGGGAUUCCAGCAGAUCGAGCAGAUCUGGAAUAAGCAUCGCAAAUAUGUCUGGGUGCUCUGGUAGGAGGUAGCGAGAGUUGUCAUGCUGGUCUGGCAUGUUGACUCUGAGCUUUGUACUGCGUGGCCGCGAAGAUGAGCUCCUCUUCCGUGUCAUGCAAAGCCGCAGUUUCUCAUGCGGAGUACGCAACUCAGAACCACGGAAAAACUAUGUCAUGCUUGGCAGCGCAUUAAAUAAUGCAUCAGUGUGCUCCCUAUAAUUCCCUUCCUUGCAUCACAAGCUCCCAGACCUAGCCAUAUUUGCAUUUUAUAUGGAACCGGAAGCACCAAUUGCUGUAUUCCCGCUGGCGGCUCUUUGGGAUUGUUCAUCUAUUGAACGAGAUGAAGAAGCAAAAAUUGGAUCUGCCGGAAGCGGCGUUGACCGACGAUUUAGACUCUCCACCGAAAUAUAUGGAUUCGAAGAACCCCUGGGACUGGCGGGUGGGUGACAUGGGGCUCUACACCGAACAGGUGAAAGAGUCGAUCAUUAAGUUGAUCAAAAAACCCAUGGAAAUGGAAGCGGUCUCCAACGUAUCAAAUGUAAAAAUGUCUGGGUCUGCAAGAGUCAUGCUGUUUUUGCAUGACGCAGAAGGUCUGGCAUGGAAGCUCUAGCAUCACAGGUUUCGAAAAGCUUCCGCAAUGCCGACUGCGCACGACAAAUCCCCCACUUUGGUGACAGAAAGUGGGCAGCUUUUGCUACCUAUGCAUCAGAGAUUUUUCUGUGUGCUGAAAUGCGCAUCACAAGUUUGUAUUCUUCCAGACCCAGACACUUUUGCAUUUGAUACAACGCAGACUACCAGAACGAGGGGACGGAGGGCGAAACGGGGAUCAUACGAGACGAAGCGGUGAUGCCGUUAUCAUCCGGUGGGAAUAUAGCGGCCUCUGGCUCUGUCUCGGACGCCACCACACCGUCUGUAUCGGCUAAGCAACCGGAAGAUGAAGACGAAUUUUACAACGAAAAUGACGGUAGUAGCGACUACCCGGUGCACCCAAGCAAUGCGAACACAGAUAGCAGCGCACAGAACUCCUCCGGAGACCCCAACUCCAGUCAAGCCAAACCGCACGCCGUCAACGUUAUCCCACAAUCGUCCAUAACCGAGGAAAUGCAGGCCCAGAUCCUGCAGAAGCGGGUGCUCACCAAAGAGGACAACAACGAGAUCUACUGGCGGUUGUCGAAAAUUCAGCGAAAUAACCGGAUCGUCUUGACCAGCGUCGAUAAGGGGAGCAUUACUUGGUUGAAAAACUGGCUCCGCCGGGCGAAAUACAGUAUGAAGCAGGGGGGGUUGGGGAUCGUGUUGUCCAGUGAUCCGCAACAGCAGAACAGCCUGGAUUUGCAGUGCAAGUCGGUCGCGUCCGGGCAGUUGUCCAAACUGGACCACACUUUGGAGAAAUACAUGUGUUUACCGAAGUUGUCCGAAUCCUCCAGCUUCUUGUCCGUUCUCGGCUACAUGCGGAUCGGCGUUCUCGCAGGGAUGGACAUGGCGUACGUUUCUAUCAGUCACUUCUGGGUCCGGAAUCCGUUCCCCUACCUGUGGGUAAAGGACGUCAAUGUCGAAACGGAAUUCUUCAAUCCGCACAAAACCCGAGGGAUGGACUUGUUAGCCGUGAAAGGAUCGAACCGCGGGUUGCUGUUUUUGACCGAUUUGUUGUCCCUGGUUUACUUCUUCCCAUUCACGUACUUACCGCGGGCUUUAGACCGGCUCUGUUUCGGCCCCUUCAUGACGGAUCGGGUGCCGACGGUUUCCUUCGCAGAGGACGAUUUUCUUCACUACCACUUGUUUUUCAUCCACUUCUACGAAUCGGAAAACACGUUCGUCACUACCGACGGGUGGUUUGGGAAAUCUGAGAACAUCGUGUUUUUCUCGCUUCAAAAACUCAUGUCGGAACAUGAGCGACACCGGAUUUACGAUAUCCUCUACAGCGGGACCAUCGGCUAUGGGAAGAUUCUCAGUUACAUCAUGAAUUUGUAAUGCAAGAAUGGCAAAAGUGAAAGGAGGAAGUAGAUUCUUGCGCCUUUUGCAUUACAGAUUUUGGCGGACAGAUUGUUCUGGCGGUAUUUAGCGCAGCGAGAAGUUGGCAUGCGAAGAAGGCUUGAUCGUGUGACGAGUGAUAGUCUUUUUGCAUGACAAAUCAUGAGAGUGCAACGCCUGAGAACCGCAUAUCGGCCCGGCAAACCACCCGAUCCGGGUGUCGAGGUCCAGUGUGUCGCCCCGAAGACGGACCUGGAAGUCCUACUACGCCGCACCGAGCACGUAUGACACUGCACAACUCCCCCUCCCUCUCAUGUGUAUCGCAUGAACAGCAAUACAAACGCCAGCGACCCUGGAGCCCGUGCAUUGCAAAUUUAUGUGCCUACUGUAGUACUGUUUGGGUUUUCGAAAUUUCUCAUGCAAACAGAGCCACAGGGAAGCGAGAGCGACUGGAUUUGGGAUUUUGCAUGACAAGUGAGGGGGAGGGAAAGUUGUGCACUGUCAUAGCACGCCCGGGAACGUGACUACCCCGAUGGAGGGCUAUCCUGUGCAAAAGUAUCGUACUCAUACAAAUGCAAGUCUUGCAUUACAAAUCUUUUUUCCAAGGCAAAUAUGCAUUACAAAUGCUGAGGAAAUUUCAAUUUGCAAUGCAUUUAAAUCUAUACGAAUGCGAUACCUUUGCAAUGCAUAAGGGCUACGUCGAGCAGUGGAACUCUCUCGUAUCGCCUUCCGCUUCUUACCCAACGGAUUCUUACACAACUCGAGUAGGGAGCAGUAGUUCGACUGUGCCUCCCUCUGUUGAGAGCAGUAGUGGCACAAGAACUGCUGCAGCUGGAACAGGUUCUACUUCAUCCGCCCCAAGAAGUGCUAGUACAACGUCGCGCUACAUUAACGGUUGGGCAAUCCACGACAAGGUUUCGCUUGCGGGCAGCGUGGUCAAUCUCGAGGACUACAAGUUUAAAUCGUUGAAGCACGCGAUGAACCUGUGCGCGCAGCUGGGUGCGGACGUGUGUGGUGUAUGAAAUGCAAAAAUGUCUGGGUCUGGAAACUUGUGAUGCAAGUCAGUCAAUAACAAAUGCACUGUAAUGCGCCGUCAAGCAUGACAAGUUGCUUCGUGCUUCUGUGCUGCUUAUUCCGCAUGAGAAACUGCGUUUUUGCAUGACAGGCGGAAGAGGCUGUUUGUGGCCACGCAAUACAGAUUUAAGGGCCAUGCCAGAUCAGCAUGACAAAUCUUGCAGUCUUCCAGACCCAGACAUUUUUACAUUUGAUAUGGCGGCGUGACGUGCGACGGACCAAACAUCGAGAACGUGCUACACGCGACCGCGGCGAACGAAGCGGCUCUGUUAUGAAAUGCAGAAGCAUCGCACUAGUUCUAGAUCUAGUAGUAAUCGCAUUACAAAUUUGCUCAGCAUGACAAAUUGAAUUUCUCAUGUUGAUUUACCUUGAAAAAGAUAUUUGUCAUGCAUAAAUGCGAUUACUACAAGUACGAUGCUUUUGCAGAGGAUAUCUGUUCGAGCAGAACGACCGGCAGUGUUUCGUCCGGGACGCAACGCUAUCAAGUGCAAAUAUGUCUGGGUCUGGAAGAAUGCAUGUUUGUCAUGCUUGUCUGGCCUGACUCUUAAAUCUCUCGUGCACAUUACCCAAGAGCUCCAUAAUUUUGUCAUGCAGAAAGAACGCAGUUUGUCAUGCAGAAUAGACAACAUGUAGAAGGAGCUCAGAUACUUGUCAUGCUGAGCCAGCACUUGUGGCCUCCUCAUGAUACGCCCCCAGCAUCACAAGUUUCCAGACGACCCAGACACAUUUGCAAUGCAUAAACGCCGCUGAUAACCUCGGUGGAGAAAGACGGGGAGAAGGCGGCGUUUGAGUGGGUCAGCAGUGCUGCCAGCACUGGGACGAAAAUUGUGAGGAGAAAAGACAACUCCGAAGGUCCAGCGGGCGGUAGUAGAACUUCGGGAAAGAAGAAAAAGGUAUUUGUCAACAUGAUAUGGGAAAGAAGUACAACUGCUUCAUUGUUGUGUUGCCACGCAUUCGUCUUAUUUUGUGGCCUAUAGAAGAUCAUUAUCAUUUGCUCGGGCAAACGCAAAGGCUUUGCUCCGGAUAGCCGCGGUCGGGGGAGGGCACGGGCGGGCUUUUUGGUGUUCUUGAGGUCUGCACUUUUUGCCGGUGACCCGGCCGACCUCAAACGCAGUGUGCGUGUUUUUUCCAUUUUUCAGUGCAUUUUUAAUGGUGACACUAUCGCUAAUCUUGUAAAAGUGACCUCAUCGCGAAUUUCGUCUUAGCCGUUCCUGCCGCGCGCCUGUCCGGGUUCGCCCGCGAGGCGCGUCUUUUUUGAAUUUUUCAAUGCAUUUUGCUAGGCACGGCUAUCGCCAAUUUUGCAAAAACGACCUCAUCCCGAAUUUUGUCUUGGCCGUUCCUGCCAGCCGCCUGUGCACGCUCAUACACGAGGUUCGUUUUCUUUCAAUUUUUUCGGGAACAUUGCAGUCCCGCCCGGCCCUGGCCAAUUUUCAAAAUAAAUUGCUAUUGAAAAGAAAAGCGCGCAACACAAACUUUUCAAUGCGAUAAUUUUCAAGAGGUGGAAAGCUCAAACACGAGGGGAGUCGAACGGUAUUUCUGGAAGGACUUCGGGUCGCUUUUUCCCUUCCCAACACCCCCUCAAGUCAUGUGCAAGUGCGCGCCCUUGUCGGCAAACCGCACCUGAUUCGGGUUUUUCGUGGGCGCGAUCUGUUGUCUUUGUGAAUGCCGCAACAUAAACUUUUCUCUGUGAUAAUUUCCACGAGGUGGAAAGGUCAAACACGAGCUGACUCGGACGGCAUUUCUGGCAGGAUUUUGGGUUGCUUUUUGCCUUCCCAACACCUCCUCAAGUCGUGUGCAAGUGCGCACUCGUAGAGACAAACCGCACCUGAUUCGGGUUUUUUCUGGGCGCGGGCGCUGUGUGUUGUGAAGGCAGCAACAAAAGCUUUUCAAUGCGAUACAUUUUGAAGAGGUGGAAAGGUCAAACACGAUGAAAGUCGGACGGUAUUUCUGGCGUGAGUUCGGCUGCUUUUGUUUGGAGUCGCGAUCGGUUGUUCGGGCUCUUUUGUCAACCGGGACAUCCAGCAGGUGGAUCAACAUCAUAUCCAAAAAAAAAAAAAAAACAGGCCGCGUGGGCGAAUUCUCUUCUUCCCGCGGCUACUACAAAAACGGAAAUUUCCUUCACGCCGCCGGGGUCCGAGUUCCUGACCAACGAGAGAAUUGUCCAUGUAAAUUUCGCCAUGAAUUGCUGUGAAGAGGACCAGAAAAAAUCCUCCGAAACUGCAGUGGCCGUCGGAAAGUGCGACAUUUCCUACGGGAUGGUGGCCGAAGAUCUGGAUGAAGAGUUCACGGCGAAUAUUCUGAAGAAAAACUUCCCCACCUCAUAGUUGUCAUGCAAAUCUGCAUGCUUGAAAUGUUUCUCAUGCGGAGCCCCAUGAGAAGCAUUUUCUAUAAUUGAGUCUCGGGUCCUCGUGUGAUGCUCCAAUCAGCAUGCGAUUUCAGAUCUGUGACGCUGGUGAACUAGCUAAACGCACAGGAUUUUUACACUACGAGGCCAAACUUGAUGUCAUGCGCAAGAACAGCCGAAGCUGGCUGAUUUGCGUCACAGGUUCCCCAUCUUGACGCUGGGGUGGGGACGUUUUUACCCAGGAUAGUGAAAAAUAAGGAGCUUCUAGAGUACGUCCGCACUCCGGAGCUAUCAAAUGCAAAAAUGUCUGGGUCUGGAAACUUGUAAUGCUAAAAGUGAAUGAUAGACGCACUGCAGCACGCAGCUACGCAUGACAAAUUUUUUGGCUGCCAUGUCUUACGUAUUCCGCAUGGCAAACUGCGUUUUUGCAUGACAGGUAAGAGGGCCCUGUCGUGCCUAUGCAACACAGAUUCUCGAGUCAUGCCAGAUAAGCAUGACAAACUUGCAUUCUUCCAGACCCAGACACUUUUGCAUUUCAUAGGAGCUGACCCAGUACAAAACGCCGAGCGGGAAAGUGGGGUACUACGUUUGGAAACCGUACGUGAUUCUCAAGGCCUUGAGGGAGAAAGUGAAGGAAAAUGAAAUACUCGUGUGGACCGACGCAGGUAUGAUUUUACAGAUUUUCACAUGAUAGAUACGUUCUUUGUCUCCUGGCGGAAGUUGUACUGACCUCUUAUCAAUCUAUGACAACUACUUGUUCAAUGUCUAUCUCUAUCAUAUCGUGCGCAGGAUCCAAAAAUGAAAAUCAUGCAAGGAAAUAAAGUUUUAGUUUUUCUAGCAGCGGAUAGUUAAUAGAUUCAGUUGCACCUGUUCGCUUCUCAUCUGCUAUACAUUCUCGCCACUUUUCGUUAGUCACAGCUGCUCUGCUUUAUAUUAUACGUAAAGAAUCGACGCAACCGCAAGGACCAUACGACCACAUGUGCCACCUCGCAUGAUGACACUUUUUUGAGAUACCACGCAUUUUGUCUCUGACAAUCAGGAGCGGGAGGCUUUUUUCGCCAUCCGCUGCUAUUGUGUGGUGACUAUCAGAAAGAUUCGAGAUCUGAAAAAUGAAUAUAGAGCGGUUCUUUCAACAAACUUUCGUCUAUGUUUAGUUGUACGGAUUUUUAACUAUCAUGAUGACAACAUUUGAAAAGUCACAAAUGCACCCCUUCGUCCGGUGCGAUGCUGACUUUCAACACAAAGAAGAUUAAUAAUUGCCUGACAAAGAUUAGCUGGCUUUAGCUUGGCUUCUACUGUGCACUUAUUUUUUCUGUACGAUUUUGAAUUUGAUAUUGAUUUUUAGAUUGAAUUACACCGUCGACUUCUACCAGGCAUCUCCUUUCUCGACGACAUCCGUCCGUUAGUCGCCCGUAUCAACUCCAAAGAUGUCUGGGUCUGGAACGUUGCAACUAGUGAUGCUGUCCUUGGAUCGUAAAAAAAUCUGUAUUGUAUGACUGGCAACAGGAGCCCAGUUUACUGCUUCUGCUACACGGAGAUGGCAUUUCUCAUGCGGAUUAAGUAGGCAUAUGCAUAAGGAAGCUCCCUCAAAAGCUGCGAUCAUGCUAGGUCAUGCAUCACAGGCGGCAUGGAUCAUACAAAAUCUGCAUGACAAAACUUGCAUCCUUCCAGACCCAGACAUAUUUGCACUUCAUAGCCCGCUACCUCCGGGGUUCCGACGUGUCCGCCACCUUAACCCCGAUAUCAAAUGCAAAAACGUGUGGGUCUGGAAGAUUGCGAGAUUUGUCAUGCUUGUCUGGCAUGACCGAAAAGUUUGUGAUGCGUGUCCAAGAAGAGACAGACCCUUUUGCCUGUCAUGCGAAAACGCAGUUUGUCAUGCGAAAAACGCAACACGAAGAAGCGCAGAUAUUUCUCAUGCUUGCCUGUGCAUUACAGAGCUUUCACUAUUCCCGACACAGCAUUACAAGUUUCCAGACCCAGACACUUUUGCAGUUGAUACCCCAUGAUGGAGGGCGAUUUCACGAAGCGCGACGCGUUCCUCCUUCUCUAUCCCACGAAAAAAGUGUUACAGUUAGAGUUACACAUUUGUUGUCAAUUCCGCAGCACAAAUUUUCCCUGCAUGAGAGAGAAAACUUGGAAUGCAGGAAACAUAAAGGUGGAACACAGGAAGGGAAUGAGAAUCCAAAGCAUUUCCUGCAUGAGAAAGGCUGUCUGUGGUGCCGGUCUUGCAACAUCACAGUGUGUAACUGUAAUGCUUUUUUCUUCCCAUAUUCUCAACAUGGACUACACCACCAUCGCCGAAUCGAAUCAAAUUGGGUCCGGCAUCAUUCUCGUGCGCAAGACUCCCCUUGCGAUCAAAAUCCUAGAAGAGUGGUUGGAAGCCGUGCAGGAUAAACGGAUUCUGACAGAAGAGCCGAACGUAUUGGGGUUUCCGAAUUUCCCGGGGUUUAAGAAUCACAACGACGACCAAAGCGCUUUCUCCUUGAUUUUCAAGAAAUACGGGCAAGUGUCCUUUUCCCAGUCGAUUCGCGACGCCUACGUUUUGACGGGGCGAAACCUGGCGAAAUACGUAUUCUGUGUAAAAAUGUCCCCACCCCAGAGUUGUCAUGCAGAUUUGCGACUACAGGAACAUCUGCAGUGCGCAUCCCCAAGAGAGGCAUUUCCAGUCGUGUUUUGGUAUUUGUAAUGCCGGACACACGAUAAGCAGAUGGAUUUUUGAUGCGGUUUCCGUUGCUAACCUGCACUACAACCUACGGACUGCAACUUGUCAUGCGGUGCUCCCAAAACUUCUGGAUUUGUAUUGCUAAGUUCCCAAUCCCAACUUGACUAUGGGGUGGGCACGUUUUUCCUCAGGAUAAUACCUGGCCGCGUCGGAAAAAUUUGCCCGGGGAGAGUCGUUUUCGCAGGACAGCUAUCAAAUGUAAAAAUGUCUGGGUCUGGAAACUUGUGAUGCUGGGUGGCGUCUCAUGAUGAGGCCACAAAUGCUGGCUCAGCAUGACAAGCUUCUGAGAUUCUAGGUUUUGCCUCUUCUGCAUGACAAACUGCGUUUCUGCAUCACACAAAAACGCAGCUCUUGGGUAACGUGCGUGACAUAUUUAAGAGUUAUGCCAGACAAGCAUGACAAACGCGCAUUCUUCCAGACCCAGACAUUUUUGCACUUGAUAACAGCUACCUGGCAGCGGCGAAUUUGCGCGAUGAUGGGGAGAUUUUGAAAAAACGCGAUAGCCGCGUCGUCACGGGGAUGAGGAAUAUGUGACAUCAUGGGCGGUUAUUUGCGUUUGUUUGAUGACGCUAUCAUGUUGGUAGAACCAACCCAACAGAACAUUUUGUUGCUGGCAGCAGGGGUAAAAAGUCUCAACCUGGAUUUACUUAAGUAGGUGAACGCUCAAGUCUGCAUCUUACAACUUAACGUUUAACUGUAACCAUGCGUCUCUAGUUAUGGACUUUCUUCUUGUUCUUGGCUGUAAGUUGUCAACAUUUCAUCUGCGAAUGGUAAAGCUGAAAGAACCUUUCUCAGAUCAGUAGUCUCGAGCUCGACGAUCAUGUGUUGAGAUAAGUAGAAAACAAAUGCGUCAUGCAAAAGCACGUACUUAAU